AUGGCUACGCGUAUCAAUGCCCCUAAAAAGGUCCGCCUGGCCUGUCGACGCUGUCGGGUUCGGCGCAUCAAGUGCGAUGGCCAAGUUCCUGCUUGCACCAAUUGCGCAAAGGCUGGGCAGGCCUGCUUGGACGUGGACAGUCAGAACUCAGAUGUUGUUAUUCCUCGCAAUUUCGUCUCUGCCGCCCGCGAAAGGAUACGAUGGUUGGAAGGCAUCAUCAAAGAGCGUCUACCAGACGUAGACCUGCGUUCUGGUCCUCAGGUUGAUCCUUCGUCCGACCCAACGGCGCCCUCCCAGGACGAGAGAAUCCCAGAGGAUGUCGACGGAUCAAUAUCGUCAAUCCCACCAGUGCCAACAGUCUCACGGAAGCGGUCAGCAGAAGCAUCGGGACAAUCUGAUCAAGAUGAAUCCUUUCCGGAGCGAGCCCAUUCCGUAGCGGUCAAUCUCGGGAUGCUUUCUCUCAAUAUCGACUCGCCCCAAAAACACUACCUUGGCUCAAGCUCCGGGCUUCUCUUUACAAACCUCAUCGGAGCAUCACCACCGAGUGUAGAGUCCACCCCCCAAGGCCCUCCAGGGGAUAGAUACGCCGGGGACCUUGAAUGGAGUGAUGAUGCCGUUGCUCAGAAUCAAAACAAGAAGUAUCAUCGAGAGCUGUACAGCAUUCUGAAACAGGUCAUUCCAUUACCUAUAGAGCUACCGUCAAAGCAUAAUGCCCUUGUACUGAUACACACAUACAUCCGCUGGAUCCAUCCAGACUUCCCCUUCCUAGAGCCACUCUCACUAUUCAGUGCCGUGGAAGCCAUGUAUUCCUGUCUUGAUGGCAUUCUAGAAUGCGACAUCUCUUCUCAUGGAUGGCCUGCUAGCAUGCCACCGUUUCGAUGGAACGGAAGGGCGGUAGUCCCAGGAGUCUGUAAUGAAGAAGGUGUUACCUUGUCAGCAGUCACAUUCAUCCUCUUCAUGGUCUUCAAUAUCGGAGCUCUGGUCAAGGUCCGAUCACGCAACUAUGACUUUCCGCCGCAGCGCUUUUACCGUGCUGCCCUUCAAUUUUCGAAAGAAGGUUUCGCGCAUAUUACCUUGUCUUCGAUCCAAUCUCUGAUGAUGCUGGUGAUGCAUGGCAUGCUCACUCCUGCAGAGGUCAACUUGUGGACUUUGGUGCAUCUUGGGCUUGCAUAUUGUGUCGAGACUGGUAUACAUCGGGAACAAAGCCAGUCGAACCCAGAAGACUUUGCUAUGCUUCAAGUGAGGCGAUUCACCUUCUUUACGAUCUAUUCUCUAGAUAGGUCCAUAUCAUCGAUACAGGGAAGGCCACUUGGCUUCAGGGACGAAACAUUCGACGUUAAAAUACCUGAAGCAUUAUCGGAUCCCGGCGAGAAUAUGCAGGGACCGCUUCCGCCAUCAUUCGUAACUGCAGUAACUCGUUACUCGUCAUAUCAUUUCAGGCUGGACCGUAUCGUAUCCGACAUUAAGCUUCAUCUUUAUCAUUUGCCUGGCGACUCCAGCUUCUUUCCAUGGCCGGACAAUCCCACAGAACAACAGGUCAGGAUUCAGCAGACUUUACAGACUUGGUGGGAGGAGGUCUCAAACGAUGCAUUCGAGUUUCCCAGUCUUGACAUCCGACAACGGGAAGUCUGGAAGAUAAAGCUCAGAUUGAAGUACCAUACAACGAUGGUUCUGCUCUUCCAACCAUCCCAAGUCAUUCGGCAGCCCGCUUCAGAGGCGCUUCAAGUCUGCUUCGACAGCGCAGCUGGUAUCCUCGACGGCUAUCAGCGGCUGCACGAUCUUCAUGGGCUUCACUUUGGAUGGAGAGCGGUACAGAAUAUUUUUGCAGCUGGUGCGACACUGAUCUAUUCAUUCUGGACGUCGCAAGUUGUUCGAGAGAAGGCAUCACCGGAGACAAUGUCAAAGAAUCUGAGAAGCUGCUCUACCCUCCUCACAAUUGGUGGCGAAUGGUGGCCGUCGGCAAGGAAUGGUCAAGCCAGCUUUGGGUCCGUCGCAGACUUGACCAUGAAGAGACUGUACAUGGCCGAUGCAUCUAAUAAAGCUCCGCGACUAUCCCUGCAGCAAACAGCUUCUGGUAGACCAAGAGACGGAGCCAACGUUGAUGCGCCCGGAACUCAGCAUCAGCCUCAAUUUUCGGACGAGACAGGUCAGUCGGUAGUGAUUGACACAAGCUCAGCGUGGCAAAACCUGGACUUGGAUGUUGGAGAUAAUCCCAACCAAUUUGACUGGCCAUCAUCAAUUGAAGGCGCAUUCGAUCCGGAAAUCGAGAUGUUCCUGGAGGACUUCAACAGGUCCGACUUUACCUGGAGCUUUCCUCUGAAUGAUAAUCAAGAUCUAGACCUUUUUGGAUCGGAUCCGAAUCACGGCUUCUAA